GUUUGAUUGGUUUUGAGCAAUUUGAAUUAAACUGUAUUAUUUUGAACUAUUGCGAUUAAAUUAAUGUCCCGUAAAAAGAUAAAAAGAUAAGUUAUUUCUAUUUAAACAUGUUCAAGAAUAAGCAGCAGCUGGAUAAUCACGUCCGUUCUAUUCAAUCACAUCUAAAAUCUGAUAAAGACCGUAAUUUGCGUGGUCUGAAUUUUUCACAAUUGUAUUUCAAAAUAGGAGAAUAUGAAAUGUCUAGGCGAUAUAUUUGUGACUACUUGACUGUCAAUGAUAAAUCCUCUGUAGCUUAUAAACAAUUAGGAUUGUGUUUAGACGCUUUGGGUCAGAAGGAGAAGGCGUUUUCGGCUUAUAAAACAUCUUUAGAACUUGAGCCAAAGCAACCUGAAUUACUCCUGAAAGUUUGUGAUAUUCUACUUCAUGGAGAUGUUGUGCUAGACCCUAACAGAACAAGGUACUGGUGUGAAUUAGCAGAAUCACAAUUUCCUUCCAACAAUACUGUUUUUCGUCUAAAAGAAAAAAUGGUUGAGGCACAAGAUGCUAAUCCUAUGGAGAUCAAAGAAUUAAUUCUCAAAGAACUUGCCUUAAAACCUUCUGAUCCAUUUCUUAGAGUGCGGUACCUACAACAUUUAUUGCAACAAAAUUUAAUUACUGAAGCUUUUGAUUAUGCACAAGAAAUAGAAUGUAAAAACGUAAACGCACUCAAUGAUAAUGUAAAAUGGUAUGAUACCUGUAUCGAAAUUUUGCAGAAAUACAAAAUAGAUAUGGUUCAAUCAAAAGUAACAAAUUGGAAAUUUUGGUUAUUCAAUAUAACCGUUCUUGAAAAACAGGCCAGCUUGGCUCUUUCUGAAGUACAUAACUAUAGAAAGAGCAUGGUGGACUGUGCCAAUGCACUAGUUGGACUGGAUCAAGGACUUAACGAAUUAUCGAAAUGUUCUUUAGCUUUAUGUGAAACACGUGAAUUAAGCUCAAAUUUAAUAGUACACUUUCAAGGUCAGCUUUGCUUUCAUCUUGCAACUUUUCUGUUUAAAAAAGCUAAAAAAGAUCAUAAUUUGUGGAAAGAAACUAUCAAGCAUUGCUCUCCAUUGCUACUGUUAGCUUUCCAUUUUGCUCCUCCAGAUUUACAAGAUAAUUGGUUGAGCCAUACUUCUGAAGCUAAUCGACAGAUUGUUCAAAAAUGGAAUCGUGAGGGAUCAUAUAGAUGUUCCCAAGCUGGUCACACAAUAUUGUCUUGCAUUACUGAAAAGAAAGGUAUAUUCAUGGAUAGAAUUUCUAAUUAUUGCUCAGGUUCAUGGAGAGAAAAACUUUAUAAGAUUAUAUUUUCCAAAAUAGAUCAUGUAAAUAAAAUGUCAUCAUCAUGUUUCGUUAAUAAUGAAGUUUUUAAAGAACCAAUGCUAACUUUUCCCAGUGCUAGCCAGUUGAAAAUUUAUGAUAAAGUAUCUCAAAGACAGUAUCCGAAUUCAUUACAUCAUUUGGUUUGGAUAGGCUUGGCAUAUCAGAAAAACUUAUGGGACUUGAAAUGCAACAUUUUUGAAGGUUUGCAAUAUUCAAUUAACAAUUUGGCCAAUUGCAAUGCAGAAUGUUUGAAUCAGUUGGACAUGGACACUUUUACAUACUGCACUGUUAUGUGUACAGGAACUCUGCAGGAAGAAAGUGUAAAAUCCGGCUAUAUUAGCUCAGAUAAGCCAUCAGUCUUGCCUGCUAAUAUCAUGGAACCACUUUGCACAGAACAACAAUCAAAAUGGUGGGCAGCUGCUUUUAAAUUAUACAAAAAUGAUACUCAACCGCAACUUGGAGAUUUGCGUAUUACAUUAACGAGGGGCAUAGAAGUUAUAAGAUGUGUUGGACAGCAUGGAUUGGAUGCAAAAUUAUUGUGUAAUCUUGCUCAUAUUUUUAGUGAACGUGUAAAAAAUGGUGCCCAAUCAGAGAGGCACUUUUUAGAAGCUCGAGUUGGCCUAUUUUAUUCAAGCGCAUAUCCUCUCCUUCAAAGGUUAAAAUCUCAGCAAGUGGUUUGUCCUGUUCAAAAUCGUUUAUUUAACUAUAAUCACAAAGAAUUAAAAAUUAGUGAAAUUAUUCACUUGAUUGAAGAAGUAAAAAUGUUCCAAGGUAUGCAGUUGAUGAAUGACGGAGAUCAUGAGAAAGCUUUGGAUACUUUUCAUGGCAUGAAAACUCCUUAUGCCAGUUUCCAGCAGGGUAUUAUAUACAAAAAACUUGCCGAAGAACAACUGAGUUCCACCAAAGAAAAUUUAACUAGUGAGAUGCGUUCAAAGCAUAUAAUAAUGCUGUCCAAAGCAAGAGAUUGUUUUCAUUUGACACUAGAUCGAUUAAGAGAAAGUAAAGUGAAUAAUCAUCCCUUGGAUGAAGUUCUGGCCUCUCACAUGGAGGAAGUUGAAGAACAGUUAUCCAGAAUAGAUCCUGAUACAUGUGGAAAUAGAAAUGAUUGUGAAAUCAUGUCAGAAGAUAAUAUUUCAUCAGUAGGUAGCCUUGGAGAAAACAUUCUUUUGAAUUUAACUAACAGUUGUAUGAAUAAUACUCAUAAUCAAAUGAUUUCAACACCAAAACAUAAAAGUAGAAACAUUUCUCAGUAUCUUUCUACAACCAAUUAUGAUAUCAAACGUACAGAGUCUAGACCUAGCCCUGAGCGGUUGGAUGCCCAGAUAAGAAAUUUGACAAUAAAACGUGAGCAUGAUAUGAAUUCUCUAAUGGAAAUAAUACAUCAAUUAGUUGAUGAAAUUAAAGAUUUGAAAUGUACUGUUGAUCAAGGAUCUAAAAAUCACAAAAAACUGAUUGAAGAAUUGAAAAGUGAGGUAUCUGAAUUAAAGAAAACAGUGAACAAAACAAAAGUGACACCUACGCCAAACUUAGAUGAGCAAGACUUUAGAUACCUGCUUGAGGAAGAACUUCAAAAUCAAGAAUAUAGUAUGUCAAAUUUAUAUCAAAACUACCCACCACAGCGAGUACCACCGAAUCCAAAUUUGAAUUAUUCUCCUCAUAUGUAUCAAAAUUCUGUUUAUCCAAUGUAUCCACCAUAUGCAACAGUACCAUAUGUAGAAAAUCAGCAAGUAGCUGAUCUUCGAAAUCAAGUUUUAAAUCAGCAAUUCAUGUAUAAUCAAGCAAUGUUUAAUAAGUUGAAUCAACCAGAUUCAUUAUCGAUGCUUCAAGCUAUGAAUUCUUUAUAUCCACAGAGUUCAACACAAGAUUUAGGUGGUCCCUUGCACAAUAAACCUGAAAUGAAUUUCUUGGAUCAGCAAAGUGGUGUGUCCUCUCAAACUUCCUCUCAAUCUCUUCAACCUUUAUCUCAACCGAGUCAAAGCAAUAUUAUGACAAAUACUAGCAUUGCUCCAGUGACAACACAAAUAAAUAAACCACAAUCUUUCAAAACUGCUCCAGCAAAUGUUGUUAUAUCCAAUUCAGAUCCUUUGCCAGCACAUACACUGACUUCGGUUCAAUCAACUUUAAGUGUCACUAUACCAGCUCAUCAUAUCAAAACCACUACAAUGCAAACAAAAGGAAUUCACAAUUAUCAAAUAGCUAUGCCAAAUAUUACAACAACUUCAACUCCAUCUAUUUAUGGUUUUACUGAUUUAGCAAAACAUACACCAGAAGCACCGAAACCAUUUUCAUCACCAUUUGAAUCAAGUGCGUCUUCCACCCCGAAAACGAUACUUUCAAAAACAAAUAGUACUAGUGACUCUUCCUUUGGCACUCCAAAUGCCCUAUUUUCUAGAUCUAAUAAAAAUACUUCUGGGGAUAUAUCAGCUUCUUCGUUCUUUUCUACAGCUGAUACUUUAGAUAUAAAUAAUUCAUCAACUAAUACAAUUGUUACAAAUACUUUAAAUAAAUCAUCAGACACUUCUUUAACUGAAAAGUAUGACCCCUUACCUGAUUUUAAACCAAUUAUUCCUUUACCUGAUGUUGUUGAAUUAAAAACUGGAGAAGAAGACGAAGAAGUUCUUUUCAAAGCAAGAUCUAAACUAUAUAGAUUUGUUGAUAAAGAGUGGAAGGAAAGAGGCAUUGGCGAAUUGAAAUUACUUAGUAAUAAAGCUACCAAAAAAGUGCGUGUUCUGAUGCGCCGUGAUCACACACACAAGGUAUGCGCUAAUCAUAUAAUAACCCAUGACAUGACUUUAAAUCCUGCCUUGAACGAAACUAAAGCUUACGUUUGGCAUGCUUCUGAUUUUGCUGAUGAGAAUGUUAUUCAUGAAAAGUUGUGUGCUAGAUUCAAGACUGAAGACAUUGCAAAAAUGUUUUAUACUGUUUUCGAAAAAGCUCGAUCUGCUUGCCAACCUGCGCAAGAUGUGACACAAGAAGUAACUAGUAGCACCACGACGGAAAGUGUUUCUACCUCGGCUUCGAUAUCUAAAGAUUCAGAUAAUACUGAGAAAAAUAAUAAAGUCAGUUUUGGCGGUUUUACCUUUAGCAGUACGCCCACAUUAAAAGAAAGCACUAAUAAAAAUUCAAAUCCCAAAUUGACCCUUUCACAGGAAACUAAAAAGGAAACGAUUAGCCCCUUUGCUAGUUUUUCGUUCGGAUCUACUUUGAGUAAACCAACAGAAAAGGACAAAUGCGCUGAAGAGUCCAAGUCGUUAGAAGACAAAUCAGAAUUGGCAAACGUUUCUAACGAUAACGUAGAAGAAUUUAUACCGACAGCAGAAUUUACGCCAGUUAUACCACUACCAGAAAAAGUUGCUGAACAAACUGGGGAAGAACAUGAGAAUGUUCUGUUUGAAGAACGGUCAAAAUUACUCCGCUAUGAUUCUGACACCAAAGAAUGGAAAGAAAGAGGCUUAGGAAACAUAAAAAUUUUGGUUGAUAAAAAUGACGAUCAGAAAGUUAGAUUAUUAAUGCGCAGAGAAAUCGUCUUAAAGGUUUGCUGUAAUCAUUUUAUCACUAAAGACAUAUUGUUUACGAGAAUGCCCUCAGAGAAGGUGAACUCUGUAACAUGGUCAGCAAACGAUUUUUCAGAAAACGAAAUGAAAGCUGAAGUCUUUGCUAUUAAGUUUAAAACUAAAGAGCUGUGUGAUAAAUUUUAUGAUACAGUCACGAAGGCCCAAAGUAAAUUGAAAGACAAAAAUACAACUGAAAAACUAAGUAAGCCUGUAGCAGGUUCAAAACAAGUUGGCUUUGGGGAUAUGUUCAAACCAAAACCAAAUUCUUGGACUUGUAAUUAUUGUUAUAUUAUUAACGAUAAGGGUCUGUACUGUAUAGCUUGCAAUUCUCCUAAAGAUGAUACUGUUCCAGCCAAAAAAGAUGAUACAUUGAGUAAUAAAAACGAAAAUUCUAGUUUCACUUUUGGAAUGCCAACUAAUAGUGCAAUAACAGCAAGUGAAAAGAAAAAUGAUAGUAUUAAGGGUAAAACAAAUGAAACUUCUACGUUUAUUUUUGGCAAUACAAACACACCAACAGUGCAGCCGCUUUCUAAAACUUCUGAGAAGAAAAAUGAAGUUCCUGUUGCCAAAACUGAAACAUCAUUCAAGCAAACUGGUUUUGGUGAUAUGUUCAAACCAAAGCCAAAUUCUUGGACUUGUAAAAGCUGCUACGUCAGUAAUGAUAAAGGGUUAUAUUGCGCAGCAUGUAAUUCUCCAAAAGAUGAUACGGUUCCGGCGAAAAAAGAAGAAUUAUUUGGAAGCAACAAAACAGAAGGCGCUGUAUUCAGUUUUGGAAUGCCUGCCACUACUGCACCAUCCAUGGUGUCUACUCCUUUAGCAUUUGGUAAAAAAACAACUUCAGAUUCGGCAAGAUUUUCUUUCGGCGUGCCAAAAGCGGAACAACCUUCCCAAGACCCUUCCUCAAAUGCUUUUAAAUUUGCAUCGCCAACGUCUACACCUGCCACUAGCUUUGUGUUUGGCGGUAAUUUGAAUGCUAGCUCAAGCGAUACUAAGGCUUCAGGCGACACUGUGAAAAGCUUAACAACACCUUCAGGAAAGUUUGAGUUUGUUUUUACUCCUAAAUCACCCAAAGGAAAAUCCCCAUCGAAAAAUGUUUCAAAGGGCGAAACUGAUAGUGCAGGGGAAGAAGAUUAUGUUUCGGAUAAUGAGGACGAUAACAUACAUUUUGAGCCUGUGAUACCUCUUCCGGAAAAGGUUGAUGUUAUUACUGGCGAAGAGAAUGAAGAAGUAUUAUAUUGCCAUCGAGCUAAACUCUUUCGAUUCGUUGACCAUGAAUGGAAGGAAAGGGGUAUUGGUGAUAUAAAAAUUCUAAAGAAUAAUGUAACCAAAAAAAUCAGAGUUCUUAUGAGACGCAGUCAAAUUUUGAAGAUUUGUCUCAACCAUAUUCUCACACCUGAUAUUGAAUAUAAUCCAAAGGACAAUAAAACUUGGCUUUUCACAGCCAAUGACUUUAGUGAGGAAGUUUAUUCAGUUCAACAGUUCUGCAUACGUUUUAAAACUGAAGAAAUUGCAAAGAAUUUUAAGAAAGCUAUUGACGAAGCUCAGGCAUCUUUACAAGGAAGUUUGGAUGUAACAUUAGAUACCUCAAAUGAUGAUAGUGAUGUGGAAAUAACAUUUGAAACUACAGUCACAGAAGAAGAAAAGAAUUUAGCUCGGAAGUAUCUUUUACCUGAUAAUUUUUAUGCUUAUAAAUAUAGAGAUGAUUGUAAAGGCUGUAGAGGUUGCCGAUCUGAUGACUACGAUUUUGCCAAGAAAGAAUCGUCAAAAGAAUCCAAAAGCACAAGUAAUGCAGAAAAUGUUCAACCUACAUCUAGUGCUACUGGUACUGAAAUUGAUACUCUCACAAACAAAUUUAGUUUAACCUCUAGUAUACUUGGACAAGAUAAGACUAGUAAAGCAGCAGCAAAUAACUUUAAUUUUAGUUUUACUCAAUCUCAGUCCGAUACUUCCAAAAAUAAAGUCGAUUUGUCUCAAAAUAUAUUUGCACCUAAGUCAUCUGAACUACAAAAAUCUAUGUUCAGCAGUGGAUUUACAUCAGAAAACUCGGAUAGUGACUCUUCUCAAAAACCAUUUCAGAGCAUAUUUGGUGGAAAUACUCAAAACAUUACAAGCAGUAAUGAUAUUUUCAAAACAUCAAAUCAAAGUAGUCAAUCUAUAUUUGGUGGCAAUAAAAAUUCAUUUUCCUUUGCAUCCCAAAACACAAACCAAAGCAACGAGCAAAAUAGGGUUAUCAAACCCUCUCAAUUUGGUCAAUCUAUAUUUGGUAAUAAAACUGUGGAAAAUCAACAGGUUGAUAAAAAGCAAGAUAACCCUUUCCUAUCAAAUAAAAGUAUUUUUGGUAAUUCUUCGACAGAAACAAAUUUAGUGAAACCAAUAGACAAAAAGGAUGAUCAGAAAACCACUUCUGUUCCUGCAAAUAAGCCUUUCUUUUCAAAUAGCAUAUUUGGUAGUUUUGGAGGUCCAAACAGUAACAAGAUUUCCACUGAUAACAGUAAAGGUGUUUUUGGUUCAGUAGGUUUAUCAAAAAUCGAAAUUAAAGAUGAUGUUCCUAUGUUCAAAUUUGACUCAGACUUGAGUUUUACUAACAUAGCUUCAGCGACGCAGAAACCUGCUUUUGCACAAGGUGACAGUAACUUUUCCUUUGCGGGUGCUGGAACACCUCUUUUCUCUUCUCUGAAAAAAACAAAUUCACCAAAUAUAUCGCUAAAUAGUUCAGCGAAAGACAAGAGUGAUGAUGAAAACCAAGAUGAAAGCGCUGUUAAUGAAGAAGAUUAUGAUCCUCAUUAUGAUCCAAUAAUUGAACUACCAGAUACCAUUGUAGUAAGCACCGGAGAGGAAGAUGAGACAAAAUUGUUCUGCCAAAGAGCAAAACUAUAUAGAUACGAUACAGAUUCUAAAGAAUGGAAAGAACGAGGCGUUGGUGAAUUGAAAAUACUACAUCACCCAACUGCUAAUACAUAUAGAUUGCUACUUCGAAGGGAACAGGUUCAUAAAUUAGUUUUGAAUCAAUUGCUGACAAAAGAUUUCGUAUUGAACACCUUGAACCUGUCUGAUAGAGCGUUCUGCUGGGGGGGUAUAAAUCAUGCAGAGCAGCCAGGAACAGAGGAAAAGUUGGCUGCAAGAUUCAAAAACCCCGAUCUUGCCAUGGAAUUCAAAAAUUUAGUUGAUUCCAUAAUAAGUAAUCUUAAUACAAAUACUGAAAGUUCUCAGUUAGAUGAUGAAUACAAUGAUGAUGAAAAUGUUGAUGAAUAUGAAGAUGACGAUGAGGAUGAGGAAAGAUCAGUGAUGUUUCAUAGAAAUGCUGUAUUGAUGGGUAGUACACCAAAGGCAAAACAGUUCUCAGAAAUUGGAAGGGGAGCAUUACAAAUAGUAUAUGAUUCUGAUUUAUUUGGUGCCAGAAUCAAAUUUUAUUCCGAUGAUGGAGAGUGUCUUUCUAAUACAAUUAUUGCCCUUAAUACAACAGUGACGAUAUCAGAAACCGAAUGUACAUGGAGUGCUAUGGAUUAUUAUUCAGAAAUGCCAGAACAGAAACUAUUAAAAGCAUGCUUUGAAUCAAUAGAUGAUGCUGAAGAGUUCUUCACCACCUUCAAAGAAGGUGUUAGUUUUGCUCAAGAAGCAGAUAUUGUAGAUUCAUUUCAAAAUUCAACAUAAACUAUAUAAUUUAUAUUGAAAAAAAUCAAAAUAUUUUUUAUAAGACUUUUCAAAAAUUGUUUCAUAAGCAAUAUAAAUUAUUUUUGUUUGUAAAUUAUUGUUCAUUUUACAAAAGUAUUUGUAAUUUAGGUCAUAGAUUUGUUUUAUGUAGUUAAUUGUUUUUUUAAUAAAAUAUAGUACUUUUAAAU